AUGAAAAAUCACGAAUGCUUAGAGUGUGGCAAGUCUUUUGGAAAGAAGUGGAUUCUGACGAGGCACAUAGAUGGAGUUCAUUUGAAAAUCAAAGCUUACAUGUGUGAAGAGUGUGAGAAAUCUUUCUUUGAUAAAAAAAGUUUGAACGAGCACACAGCCGCAGUCCAUGUAAAAAUCAAAGAUCAAAAAUGCAAAGAGUGUGGCAAAUCUUUUGGAAAAAAGGAAAAUCUGAUGAGGCACAUAGAUGCAGUUCAUUUGAAAAUCAAAGAGCACACAUGUGAGGAGUGUGGAAAAUCUUUUGGUACCAAAGUUGUUUUCAAAAGACACAUAGCAACAGUUCAUAAAGAAAUGAAAGAUCAUAAAUGUGAGGAGUGUGGCAUGUUUUUCGGGCUCAAUUCUAAUCUAAUGAGGCACAUAGAUGUAGUGCACUUGAAACUCAGAGCUCACGAGUGUAAAGAAUGUGGCAAGUCUUUUGGACAAAAAUAUCAUUUGAUGAAGCACAUUGAUGUAGUUCAUUUAAAACUCAAAGAACACAAGUGCGAAGAGUGUGGAAAGUCUUUUGGACAUAAGAGUAAUUUAAUGAAGCACAUAGAUACGAUUCAUUUAAAUAUCAACAAUCACAAGUAUGAAGAGUGUGUUAGGUUUUUUGCUCGAAACAAUUAUUUAACGAAACACGUGGAUGCAGUUAAUUUAAAAUUCGAAUAG